GGGGUGCGGACACUAGAAGCCACACAGAUGAGCAGUUAAGGAACGAAGUGUAGGAAGAUGAGGUUUGGGACAAGUAGUCGGGGAGAGGUGGGCAUCAGCUCCGGUGAGGUUCUCUGGUUUUGAAGCUUUGGCACAAGGUAGGGCCAAAAGAGCCAUAAAAUUGCCUCUUAUGGCUAGAGAGAUGGCUCAGCAGAGAACCUGGGUUUGGUUCCCAGCACCCACGUGGUAGCUCACAAACAUCUGUAAUUCCAGUUCCCGGGGACAUGACACCUUCUUCUGAUCUCUAUUGGUACCAGGUACUCACAUGAUGUACACAUAUGCAGGCAAAACACUUACACACAUGAAAUACAAUAGAUAAGUCUUGCCUGGCAUGGUGGUGCGUGUCUCUAAUCUGGUGGUGCACCUGGGAGGCAGAAGUAAGUGUUUCUCUAUGAGUUCCAGGUCAGCAUGGUCUACACAGGGAGUUACAGGGCAGGCAAAUCAUAUAGUAAGACCCUGUCUCAAAAACAAACAAAAAGACAAACCCAAAAACUCGAAGUUUUAAAUGGCCUCUUACUGAUUUGAGAUUCUGAAAAAGAAGGAACAUUAGGCCCAGAUUAUAUUAUAACUGGUUAUCUACAUAGUAUAGAAGCAGAUUCACAGCUAGUUAUAUAUUUAUAUAGACAAACGGUUUAAUUGGUUAUAACAUUUGCAGGCUCGUAAUAGGGCUGAAUACCACUCCCCACCCCUACUCCUCCUCCAGACAGGGCUCUUCUGGGUAACAGCUCUGACUGUCCUGGAACUUGCUUUGUAGACCAGGCUGGUGUGAAACUCAUGGAAAUCCACCUGCUUCCGCUUCCCAAACACUGGGACUAAGGGUGUGUGGCACCACCACCCAGCCUAGGGCUGGAUAUCCCCAAAGGUGCUAUGCUAGAGAGUCUCCCUCGUGGACAACCGUGGGCUAACGUGGGUGUGAGCGUACUUGGCCACUCUGUCCUUUCUCCAUCAAAUAUGAGAGCAGUGUGUAGAGCCAGGGAGACGGCUCUAAAAAGUGAUGACCUCAGCUCCAUCCCUUGAACUCAAGUGGUGGGAAGAGAGCUGACUCCCGAAAAUUGUCCUCUGACCUACACACACACACACACACACACACACACACAGACAGAGGCACACACAGGCACACAUGCACUCACACGGACACUAAAUAAAUAAGCCUAUAAAUCUGAAAGUUUACAUUCAUAAUGCCAUCAAAGCUGUGAACAAAAAUAAGGGAUUGCAUUUCAAUCAUGACAUUUUCCUGUCUUAAGUUGAUCAUGUCAGAGAUUUGGCCCCACGCUGUACAGUCAGUGUCUUCUGCACGGCUCGGCUUUCUAGAAGGUGGCAUGAGAUGCCUGUGUGAUUAGGACAGAUGACUGCUUUAGUCAUCUGCUAGAAACAGGCUUUUCCCUCCCCUGCAGCUUGUUUGUUUGUUUGUUUGUUUGUUUGCACUGCGUAUGCAGAGGUCAGAGGACAAUUUGUGGGUGUCAGGAUGUUCCUUGUAGUCUGUGGGUCCCAGAGUUGGGGCUCAGUGGUCAGGCUGCUGGCAAGGACCUUUACAGCUGAGCUGACUCCCUGACCCUGCCUGAAAUGCCUUUUGCAUUCUCUUUAUGUUGGUGUUUUUCUCUCUGUCUCUUUCACACACACACACACAUACACACACACACAUACACACACACACAUACACACACACACACACAGCCUUGGGACAUCAUUUAUGACCUAGAUUUAUCUGAAAGCCAGACAAUAGCUAAGCAUUUCUUCCAAAUAGAAGGUGGUUGUGUUUCUGUCCAUUGGCAGCUGUUUUCUGGAGAAAUAUAAGGUGCCUAACAAUACAUUUGGUGAUUUUAGGGCAAAAACUGCCUCAACUCAGUAAAUAAUAGAUAAGAAAGAAAAGUCUGAGCUGAUUAAACCCAUAAAAAAACUGGAGACAGUUUGACUCCCCACACUGAUUAGCACCGCUGGGAGUGCAGAUAGCUUUAUCAGGCUUACCCUUCAUGUUAAGGUCUGGUUCGACCUUGAAGCAUACUUUUGAAAUGUCCCUGACAGUCCUCAGAAUUAGUCAGAAUUAUCUGACUGUCCUGGGAGCCUACCAGGCCCUAAUAGGAUUUAUAUUACCCCACAAGGGCCUUUCCCUCCAUAUGUCCCAAAUAUUUGAACUCUGAAGCCCAAAUGGGCUUUUAGCACAUUUUCUGGCCAGAGCAGCUCAGUAGAUUGCACUUAAUGUGUUCCAGGUGUCCCCUGCGCUUGGUUGAAAGAGCUGAGUUAUCAGCCUUGUGGACCGGAGGGGCGGAACUUCCCCAGAGCAGGACAGAGCUCUGGUGCCUGCUCACCGUUGUUGUUCCCAGUGUGUCCCUCUCCUCCUCCUUCCUCAUUGGCACCAGCACCGUGUGUGCACUCUGGGCUGUCAGUACUGCCAGCCUGAGUGACCUUGUUUUGCUAUCUUUAUUUCACAUUUGGGGCUCUAUUAUAAAACAGCUUUAAAAAAAACAUCAUCCCCCAAAUGGAGUUGGAAAGAAGUUAGGUUUGUCAAUCAAAUUUGUGCUCUGGAAAUUUAUUGACAAAAUUCUGUCAAGACUGAACAUCAUUUUUAAAAAGUUUAAAAAAACAAAACCAAACCAAAACAAAAAAAGCCGUGUUCUUUAGAACAACCUCAGGAGAUACUGUCCAAAUUCAUUCUGCGGACUGACAAAAUUCGAUCAUUUACCUUCAAGUUAUUUUUGAAAAUCCUGUCAAGAUGAGAAAAAUUCAGAGCUAUUUUGGUGUGUUGUUGGCCAGUAUUCCUUCCCCGCCGAGCUUGUCCGGAUAGCUGUGAAUAGAGACAAGUUCAACCUCUCCAGUUUGAAAACAUGGGAGAAUGUGUUUGACUACCUGAAAUGGAUCUGUGUAUUCAAGCCCUCCACGCUCUCUGAUGGCUAUAGCAGGUUUUGGUGAAACUGACCUUCGGCGCGGGUGGCUACUGUGUGACCUGCCCAGCCGUGUGCUUUUGUGUUGAUGCGGUGGCUCCCUUCAGUAGAAGCCUGGGAUAUUCCUGUGUGGUUUGACCUCUCAAAAGGGAAAGACUCUACUCUUAGCUUUCACCACAGUGUAUUGUUAGAACGAUUCUGUUGAUCUCCUACUCUGUUUAUUUCCUCUUUUUUCUUUUGAGACGUCCUCAAACUCUUUAGCCUACGCUGUCCUAGAACUUGGCGGCACUCCUCCUACCUCAGCCUCCUGAGUGUUGGGAAUGCGAUCACAUAACCUCAAGCCUGGCUGAGCCUAAUCCUCAGACUGAACUUCUCAUGAGUAUGGAUAAAUAAGAAGGAAAAGCCGCUCCUGGGUUAACACCACCCAAGGUACUGGGCGUCCAUCACGGUGUUGAAACCACCUGGAUAAGGCGGCUGAGGACACUCCUGAUUCUCUUUGCGGAGAUUGACUACUGGGAGCGGCUGCUGUUUGAGACACCGCACUACGUGAUGAACGUGGCUGAACGCGCCGAGGACCUGCGCAUUCUCCGGGAGAACCUGCUCCUUGUUGCUCGAGACUAUAACAGGAUUAUUGCCAUGCUGUCCCCAGACGAGCAGGCCCUGUUCAAAGAGCGGAUCCGGUUCCUGGAUAAGAAGAUCCACCCUGGACUGAAGAAGCUGAAUUGGGCCCUGAAGGGGGCCAGUGCCUUCUUCAUCACCGAGUGCCGCAUGCAUGCCAGCAAGGUGCAGAUGAUUGUGAACGACUUCAAGGCCUCCACCCUGACCAUCGGCUGGAAGGCCCAGGAGAUGUCGGAACUGCUGCUGGUGCACAUCACUGGCAAGCAGGUGUACAGGGACCUGGAGUUCGAGGAGGCCCAGAGAGAGCACCGGAUGGCCGCACAGCAAAAGCUGGUGAAGCUGCACCAAGAUGUGGUGAACAUCAUGACCAACUCCUACGAAGUGUUCAAGAACGAUGGCCCCGAGAUUCAGCAGCAGUGGUUGCUCUACACCAUACGGCUGGAUCACAUGAUGGAGGACGCCCUGCGCCUGAACGUGAAGUGGUCACUGCUGGAGCUUUCCAAGGCCAUCAACGGGGAUGGAAAGACCACUCCAAACCCGCUCUUCAGGGUCCUUGUCAUUUUACAGAAUGAUGUGCGGGGAGGUGGGUCACAGGUGGAAUUCUCCCCGACUCUGCAGACUCUGGCGAGUGUGGUCAAUGACAUAGGCAGCCACCUCUUUGCCACCAUCUCUGUCUUCCGCCACCUCCCCGACAUCCUCACCAAACGCAAGAUGAAUCGAGAGCCCAUUUAUGUACUUGUGGAGCGAGACGAGGACAUCAGGAAGAUCCAGGCCCAGAUCAGCAGUGGCAUGACUAACAAUGCGAGCCUGCUGCAGAAUUACCUCAAGACCUGGGACAUGUACCGGGAGAUCUGGGAGAUCAACAAGGACUCCUUCAUUCGCCGCUACCAGCGCCUCAACCCCCCUGUCUCCUCUUUUGAUGCUGACAUUGCCCGCUACACGGAGGUGGCGAACAAUGUGCAGAAGGAAGAGACGGUCCUCAACAUCCAGUUCGUGAUGCUGGACUGCUCUCACCUCAAGUUCUCGCUGGUGCAGCACUGCAACGAGUGGCAGAACAAGUUCACAACCCUGCUCAAGGAGAUGGCAGCUGGGCGCCUUGCGGACCUGCACUCCUACCUCAAGGACAAUGCUGAAAAAAUCAGCCACCCUCCCCAGACGCUGGAGGAGCUAGGGGUCAGCCUGCAGCUCAUGGACACCCUGCAGCAUGACCUACCCAACCUGGAGACUCAGAUCCCCCCCAUUCACGAGCAGUUUACCAUUUUGGAGAAGUAUGAGGUGCCAGUUCCGGACACUGUCCUGGAGAUGCUGGAGAGCCUCAAUGGGGAGUGGCUCACCUUCCAACAAAUCCUGCUGGAUAGCGAGCAGAUGCUGAAGAAACACAAGGAGAAGUUCAAGACAGGCCUUAUCCAUGCCGCCGAUGACUUCAAGAAGAAGGCACACAACCUUCUAGAAGACUUUGAGUUCAAAGGGCCGUUUACCAGCACCGUGGGCCACACGGCUGCACUGGAUCAGAUCGCACAGAUGCGCGCCAUGCUGAUGGCCAUGCGGGACGAGGAGAACAACCUCCGCUCCAAUCUGGGCAUCUUCAAGAUCGAGCAGCCGGUCUCCAAGGACCUCCAGAUCCUGGAGAAGGAGCUCGAUGCCCUCCAGCAAGUGUGGGAGAUCACCCGGGACUGGGAGGAGAGCUGGAACCAGUGGAAGAUGGGCUGCUUCCAGACCCUGCAGACGGAAGCCAUGGAGUCCAUGGCUCAUGGGCUGUUCCGCCGCCUCACGAGACUAGCCAAAGAGUACAAGGACCGAAACUGGGAAAUCAUUGAAACGACUCGCUCCAAAAUAGAGCAGUUCAAGAGGACCAUGCCCCUCAUCUCAGACCUGCGGAAUCCAGCCCUCAGAGAGAGGCACUGGGACCAGGUCAAAGAGGAAGUCCAGCGGGAGUUUGAUCAGGAGUCAGAGAGCUUCACCUUGGAGCAGAUUGUGAAACUAGGGAUGGAUCAGCACGUGGAGAAGAUUGCAGAGAUCUCAGCCUCUGCGACCAAAGAGCUGGCCAUAGAAGUGGGAUUACAAAAUAUUGCCAAGACCUGGGAUUCGACUCAGCUAGACAUAGUACCCUACAAGGACAAGGGCCAUCACCGGCUCAGGGGAACAGAGGAAGUGUUCCAGGCACUGGAAGAUAAUCAGGUGGCCCUGUCAACCAUGAAGGCAUCUCGAUUCGUGAAGGCCUUUGAGAAGGAUGUGGACCACUGGGAGCGCUGCCUCUCUCUCAUUCUGGAAGUUAUUGAGAUGGUCCUCACUGUGCAGAGACAGUGGAUGUACCUAGAGAAUAUCUUCCUUGGAGAGGACAUCCGGAAACAGCUGCCCAAUGAGUCAGCCCUAUUUGACCAGGUCAACAACAACUGGAAAGCCAUCAUGGACCGAAUGAACAAAGACAAUAACGCUCUCCGGAGCACCCACUACCCAGGACUCCUGGAGACACUGAUAGAAAUGAACGCAAUCCUGGAGGACAUUCAGAAGUCCCUGGACAUGUACUUAGAGACCAAGCGCCACAUAUUCCCCCGCUUCUACUUCCUGUCCAAUGAUGACCUGCUGGAGAUCCUGGGCCAGUCCCGUAACCCAGAGGCUGUGCAGCCACACCUCAAAAAGUGCUUUGACAACAUCAAACUGCUGAAAAUUCAAAAGGUCGGGGGCUCCAGCAGCAAGUGGGAGGCAGUGGGAAUGUUCUCAGGUGACGGUGAAUACAUUGACUUCCUCCACCCAGUACUUCUAGAAGGACCAGUGGAGUCGUGGCUUGGUGAUGUGGAGCGGGCCAUGAGGAUGACCCUUCGGGAUUUGCUUCGAAACUGCCGCGUGGCCCUCAAGAAGUUCCUCAACAAGAGAGACAAAUGGGUGAAAGACUGGGCUGGCCAGGUGGUGAUCACUGCUAGUCAGAUCCAGUGGACAGCUGAUGUCACCAAGUGCCUGAUGACAGCCAAAGAGCGAUCAGACAAGAAAAUCCUCAAGGUCAUGAAGAAGAAGCAGGUGUCAAUACUAAAUAAGUAUUCAGAGGCCAUCAGGGGGAACUUGACCAAGAUCAUGAGACUUAAGAUUGUGGCUCUGGUGACGAUAGAAAUUCACGCCCGCGACGUGCUGGAAAAGCUCUACAAGAGCGGCCUCAUGGAUGUCAGUUCCUUUGACUGGCUCAGCCAGCUGCGCUUCUACUGGGAGAAGGAUGUGGAUGACUGUAUAAUCCGCCAGACCAACACACAAUUCCAAUAUGGUUAUGAGUACUUGGGGAACUCUGGUCGGCUGGUCAUCACUCCCCUGACAGACAGAUGUUACAUGACAUUGACCACGGCACUGCACCUUCAUCGCGGGGGCUCCCCCAAAGGCCCAGCAGGUACUGGAAAGACAGAAACUGUCAAAGACCUGGGCAAGGCGCUGGGUAUAUAUGUCAUCGUGGUCAACUGCUCCGAGGGCUUGGACUAUAAGUCCAUGGGAAGAAUGUACUCAGGACUGGCACAGAGUGGAGCCUGGGGCUGCUUUGACGAGUUUAACCGCAUCAACAUUGAGGUGUUGUCCGUGGUGGCCCAGCAGAUCCUGUCCAUCCUAUCUGCCUUGACUGCCAACCUCACACGUUUCUAUUUUGAGGGCUUUGAAAUAAAUCUGGUGUGGUCUUGUGGGAUCUUCAUCACCAUGAAUCCUGGCUAUGCCGGCCGCACAGAGCUUCCAGAGAACCUAAAGUCCAUGUUCCGCCCAAUUGCCAUGGUGGUGCCUGAUUCUACGCUUAUUGCGGAAAUCAUUCUCUUUGGGGAGGGCUUUGGCAACUGCAAGAUCCUGGCCAAGAAGGUGUACACACUGUACUCACUGGCUGUGCAGCAGCUCUCCAGACAGGACCACUACGACUUCGGCCUGCGCGCCCUCACUUCCCUGUUGCGCUAUGCUGGCAAGAAGCGUCGCCUACAGCCAGAUCUGUCUGAUGAAGAGGUUCUGCUGCUCUCCAUGAGAGACAUGAACAUCGCCAAGCUGACGUCAGUGGAUGUCCCAUUGUUCAAUGCUAUUGUGCAGGACCUCUUCCCCAACAUCGAGCUCCCGGUCAUUGACUAUGGCAAGCUACGGGACACCAUCGAGCAGGAGAUCCGAGAAAUGGGCCUGCAGAUCACACCCUUUACCCUCACCAAGGUUUUACAGUUGUACGAAACCAAGAACUCUCGCCACUCCACCAUGAUUGUGGGUGGCACCGGCAGCAGCAAGACCACCUCCUGGAAAAUUCUGCAGGCCUCUCUGACGUCCCUGUGCCGUGCUGGAGAACCCAACUACAACAUCGUUAGAGAGUUCCCUUUGAACCCAAAGGCACUGUCCUUAGGGGAGCUGUAUGGCGAGUAUGACCUCAACACCAACGAAUGGACCGAUGGCAUCCUGUCUAGUGUCAUGCGGGUUGCCUGUGCAGAUGAGAAGCCAGACGAGAAAUGGAUCCUUUUUGAUGGCCCCGUGGACACGCUGUGGAUCGAGAGCAUGAACUCUGUCAUGGACGAUAACAAAGUGCUGACCCUUAUCAAUGGCGAGCGCAUUGCGAUGCCCGAGCAGGUGUCUCUCUUGUUUGAAGUGGAGAACUUGGCUGUGGCCUCUCCAGCCACUGUGUCCCGCUGUGGGAUGGUCUACACUGACUAUGUGGACCUGGGCUGGAAGCCUUAUGUUCAGUCAUGGCUGGAAAAGAGGCCAAAGACAGAAGUAGAGCCGCUUCAACGCAUGUUUGAAAAGUUCAUCAACAAGAUACUGAGCUUCAAAAAGGAUAACUGUAAUGAGCUGGUACCUGUCCCCGAGUACAGUGGGAUCAUCUCCCUCUGUAAGCUCUACACAGUCCUGGCCACACCUGAGAAUGGGGUGAACCCAGCCGAUGCCGAGAACUACUCCUUUAUGGUGGAGAUGACCUUUGUGUUCAGCAUGAUCUGGUCUGUGUGUGCCUCUGUGGACGAGGACGGACGCAAGAAGAUUGACAGCUACCUUCGAGAAAUCGAGGGCUCCUUUCCCAAUAAGGACACAGUGUAUGAAUACUACGUGAACCCCAAGAUGCGGACUUGGACGUCAUUUGAGGAGAAGCUCCCCAAGAGCUGGCGUUAUCCUCCCAACGCCCCUUUCUAUAAGAUCAUGGUACCUACUGUUGAUACUGUGCGGUAUAACUACUUAGUGAGCACCCUGGUGGCCAACCAGAAUCCUGUCUUACUGGUGGGUCCUGUGGGAACUGGAAAGACCUCCAUAGCCCAGAGUGUUCUCCAGUCCUUGCCCUCCAGCCAGUGGUCAGUGCUCGUCGUCAACAUGUCCGCACAGACCACGUCAAACAAUGUGCAGAGCAUCAUUGAGAGCAGAGUAGAGAAGCGGACCAAGGGUGUGUAUGUGCCAUUCGGGGGCAAAAGCAUGAUUACUUUUAUGGAUGACCUAAACAUGCCUGCCAAGGACAUGUUUGGGUCCCAGCCGCCCCUGGAGCUGAUUCGCCUCUGGAUUGACUACGGCUUCUGGUACGAUCGUGUGAAGCAGAGCAUCAAGCACAUCCGAGACAUGUUCCUGAUGGCUGCCAUGGGCCCUCCUGGGGGUGGACGGACUGUUAUCUCCCCAAGGCUGCAGAGUCGCUUCAACAUUAUCAACAUGACCUUCCCCACGGAAUCCCAGAUCAUCCGCAUAUUUGGCACCAUGAUCAACCAGAAGCUCCAGGACUUUGAAGAAGAGGUGAAGCCCAUUGGGAAUGUGGUAACAGAGGCCACCCUGGACGUUUACAAUACGGUGGUACAGCGCUUCCUGCCCACCCCGGCGAAGAUCCAUUACCUCUUCAACCUCCGGGACAUCUCCAAGGUCUUCCAGGGCAUGCUUAGAGCCAACAAGGACUUUCAUGAUACCAAAGCCAGCAUCACAAGACUCUGGAUUCAUGAGUGUUUCAGAGUCUUCUCUGACAGACUGGUCGAUACAGCAGACAUGGAAGCCUUUAUGGGCAUCUUAAGUGACAAACUCGGUACCUUCUUUGACCUCACGUUUCAUCAUCUCUGUCCCAACAAACGCCCUCCCAUCUUUGGGGACUUCCUGAAGGAGCCCAAGGUCUAUGAAGACCUGGUAGACCUGACAGUAUUGAAGACAGCCAUGGAGACGGCCCUGAAUGAGUACAAUCUGUCUCCUUCGGUUGUGCCAAUGCAGCUGGUGCUCUUCCGAGAGGCCAUUGAACACAUCACUCGGAUCGUGCGUGUGAUCGGACAGCCCCGAGGCAACAUGUUGCUGGUGGGGAUCGGGGGCAGCGGGAGGCAGAGUCUGGCCCGCUUGGCGUCUUCCAUCUGCGAUUAUAACACGUUCCAGAUCGAGGUCACCAAGCACUACCGCAAACAGGAGUUCCGAGACGAUAUCAAGCGCUUGUAUCGACAGGCAGGGGUAGAACUCCAGACCACGUCUUUCCUUUUCGUGGACACCCAGAUAGCUGACGAAUCCUUCCUGGAAGACAUCAACAACAUCCUUAGCUCGGGCGAAGUCCCCAAUCUCUACAAGUCUGACGAAUUUGAAGAGAUCCAGAACCAUAUCAUAGACCAGGCCCGGGCAGAACAGAUACCAGAAUCCUCGGACAGCCUCUUUGCAUACCUCAUCGAGCGCGUGCGGAACAACCUGCACAUUGUGCUCUGUCUAAGUCCCGUGGGAGACCCCUUCAGGAAUUGGAUUCGCCAGUACCCAGCCUUAGUAAACUGUACAACCAUCAACUGGUUCUCAGAGUGGCCCCGAGAGGCCUUGCUAGAGGUGGCUGAGAAGUACAUUAUAGGAGUGGACUUGGGGACACAGGAGAAUAUCCACAGGAAAGUGGCCCAAAUCUUUGUCACCAUGCACUGGUCAGUGGCUCAGUAUUCCCAGAAGAUGCUGUUGGAACUGCGGAGAUACAACUAUGUCACACCCACAAACUACCUGGAGCUCGUGUCUGGAUAUAAAAAGCUUCUGGGAGAAAAGCGGCAGGAGCUGCUGGACCAAGCCAAUAAGCUUCGAACUGGAUUGUUUAAGAUUGACGAAACUAGGGAGAAAGUCGAAGUGAUGUCCUUGGAGCUGGAGGACGCCAAGAAAAAAGUGGCAGAGUUCCAGAAGCAGUGCGAAGAAUACCUGGUCAUCAUUGUGCAGCAGAAGCGGGAAGCAGAUGAGCAGCAGAAGGCCGUCACUGCCAAUAGUGAGAAGAUCGCUAUUGAGGAGGUCAAGUGCCAGGCGCUGGCCGACAAUGCCCAGAAGGAUCUAGAGGAAGCAUUGCCCGCCCUUGAAGAAGCCAUGCGGGCCCUAGAGUCUCUGAACAAGAAGGACAUAGGUGAGAUCAAGUCCUACGGACGACCCCCUGCGCAGGUGGAAAUUGUAAUGCAGGCAGUCAUGAUUCUUCGAGGCAAUGAGCCCACGUGGGCAGAAGCAAAGCGACAGUUAGGGGAGCAGAACUUCAUCAAGUCAUUGAUCAACUUUGAUAAAGACAACAUCUCAGAUAAGGUAUUGAAGAAGAUCGGGGCCUACUGCGCCCAGCCCGACUUCCAGCCUGAUAUCAUUGGCAGAGUCUCCCUGGCUGCUAAGUCCCUCUGCAUGUGGGUGCGGGCCAUGGAGUUGUACGGGCGUCUGUAUCGAGUGGUAGAGCCUAAGCGGAUCCGAAUGAACGCCGCCAUGGCCCAGCUUCAGGAGAAGCAAGCAGCCCUAGCUGAAGCCCAGGAAAAGCUGCGAGAGGUGGCAGAGAAAUUGGAGAUGCUGAAGAAACAGUAUGAUGAGAAGCUGGCACAGAAGGAGGAGCUUCGAAAGAAAUCGGAGGAGAUGGAGCUGAAGCUGGAGCGAGCAGGAAUGUUGGUGUCUGGGCUAGCUGGUGAAAAGGCACGAUGGGAAGAGACUGUGCAGGGCCUGGAGGAGGAUCUGGGUUACCUGGUGGGCGACUGUCUGAUUGCAGCUGCGUUCUUGUCCUACAUGGGACCCUUUCUGACCAAUUACCGGGAUGAGAUUAUCAAUCAAAUCUGGAUCAGGAAGAUCAGGGAGCUUCAGGUUCCCUGUUCACCUCGCUUUGCCAUUGAUAACUUCCUGACCAAUCCCACCAAAGUCCGGGACUGGAACAUCCAGGGGUUGCCCUCAGAUGCCUUCUCCACAGAGAAUGGCAUCAUCGUCACCAGGGGCAACAGGUGGGCCCUCAUGAUCGAUCCUCAGGGCCAAGCCCUCAAGUGGAUUAAGAACAUGGAAGGAAACCAGGGCCUUAAAAUCAUCGACCUGCAGAUGCAUGACUACCUUCGAGUUCUAGAACAUGCCAUCCAGUUUGGAUUUCCAGUGCUACUCCAGAAUGUGCAGGAGUAUCUGGACCCCACGCUCAACCCAGUGCUCAACAAAUCUGUAGCUCGAAUUGGUGGUCGGAUGCUGAUUCGAAUUGGUGACAAGGAGGUGGAAUACAAUCCCAAUUUCCGUUUCUACCUCACCACCAAGCUCUCCAAUCCCCACUAUAAUCCAGAGACUUCGGCUAAGACCACCAUUGUCAACUUCGCUGUAAAGGAGCAGGGCCUGGAAGCCCAGCUGCUGGGCAUUGUGGUUCGGAAGGAGCGACCAGAGCUGGAGGAGCAGAAGGACUCUCUGGUCAUCAACAUCGCUGCAGGAAAGAGAAAGCUCAAAGAACUAGAGGAUGAGAUCCUGCGCUUGUUGAAUGAGGCCACAGGCUCUCUGCUUGAUGACGUGCAGCUGGUGAAUACCCUCCAGACAUCCAAGAUAACGGCCACCGAGGUGACCGAGCAACUGGAGACCAGUGAGACCACAGAGAUCAACAUUGACUUGGCCCGAGAGGCUUACCGUCCGUGUGCCCAGCGGGCCUCGGUGCUGUUCUUUGUGCUCAAUGACAUGGGCCGCAUUGACCCCAUGUACCAGUUCUCCCUGGACGCCUACAUCGGCCUCUUUAUCCUCAGCAUUGACAAGAGCCACCGCAGCAAUAAGCUGGAGGACCGCAUCGAGUACCUGAAUGACUACCACACCUAUGCUGUCUACAGGUACACCUGCCGAACCCUUUUUGAGCGCCACAAGCUUCUGUUCAGUUUUCACAUGUGCGCCAAAAUCCUGGAGACGUCCGGCAAGCUCAACAUGGAUGAGUACAACUUCUUCCUGCGUGGGGGUGUGGUCCUGGAUCGUGAAGGCCAAAUGGACAAUCCAUGUACCAGUUGGCUGGCAGAUGCCUACUGGGAUAAUAUCACAGAACUGGACAAACUGACCAACUUCCAUGGGCUCAUGAACUCCUUUGAGCAGUACCCUCGGGACUGGCACCUGUGGUACACCAACUCUUCCCCGGAGAAGGCCAUGCUGCCAGGUGAGUGGGAGAAUGCGUGCAAUGAGAUGCAGCGGAUGCUGAUCGUCCGCUCCCUGCGUCAGGACCGAGUGGCAUUCUGUGUUACUUCCUUCAUCGUGUCCAACCUUGGCUCUCGAUUCAUUGAACCGCCUGUGCUAAACAUGAAAUCGGUGAUGGAGGACUCUACCCCGAGAUCCCCACUGGUAUUCAUCCUGUCCCCCGGUGUAGACCCCACCAGCGCUCUGCUUCAGCUGGCGGAGCACACAGGCAUGGCCCACCGCUUCCAUGCCCUGUCCCUGGGCCAGGGCCAGGCCCCCAUUGCUGCUCGGCUUCUUCGAGAGGGUGUGAAUCAAGGGCACUGGGUGUUCCUGGCAAACUGCCACCUGUCUCUGUCUUGGAUGCCUAAUCUGGACAAGUUGGUGGAGCAACUGCAGGUGGAGGACCCUCACCCUUCCUUCCGCCUGUGGCUCAGCUCUAGCCCCCACCCAGACUUCCCAAUCUCCAUCCUGCAGGCCAGCAUCAAGAUGACCACAGAGCCACCAAAGGGUCUAAAGGCCAACAUGACACGUCUUUAUCAGCUGAUGACAGAGGCACAGUUUACCCACUGCUCCAAGCCUGCCAAGUAUAAGAAGCUGCUCUUUGCCCUCUGCUUCUUCCAUUCCAUAUUACUCGAGCGCAAAAAAUUUUUACAGCUUGGCUGGAAUAUUAUUUAUGGCUUCAACGACUCUGACUUUGAGGUGUCAGAGAACCUGCUGAGCCUCUAUCUGGAUGAGUAUGAAGAGACACCCUGGGACGCGCUCAAAUACCUCAUCGCUGGUGUCAACUAUGGGGGACAUGUCACAGAUGACUGGGACCGGCGUCUGCUCACCACCUAUAUCAAUGAUUAUUUCUGUGAUCUGAGCCUAACAACUCCCUUCUACCGGUUGUCUGUACUGGACACUUAUUACAUCCCAAAGGACGGGAGCUUGGCCUCUUACAAAGAAUAUAUCAGCAUGCUGCCUAGUAUGGACCCCCCUGAGGCCUUUGGCCAACACCCCAACGCUGACGUGGCCUCCCAGAUCACAGAGGCCCGGACCCUCUUUGAGACCCUGCUUUCCCUGCAACCCCAGAUCACACCCACCAGGGUUGGUGGCCAGAGCCGAGAAGAGAAGGUCCUAGAGUUGGCUGCUGAUGUGAAGCAGAAGAUCCCCGAGAUGAUCGACUAUGAGGGGACCCGAAAGUUGCUGGCUCUUGACCCCUCCCCACUCAAUGUGGUCCUCCUGCAGGAGAUCCAGAGAUAUAACAAGUUGAUGAAGACCAUCUUGUUCUCCCUGACAGACUUGGAGAAGGGCAUCCAGGGCCUCAUCGUCAUGUCAACAAGCCUGGAAGAGAUCUUCAACUGCAUAUUUGAUGCUCAUGUCCCUCCACUCUGGGGAAAGGUAUAUCCCUCACAAAAGCCCUUGGCGUCAUGGACCCGGGACCUGGCUGUGCGUGUGGAACAGUUUGAAACAUGGGCCAGUCGAGCCCGCCCUCCGGUGCUCUUUUGGCUGUCUGGCUUCACUUUCCCCACUGGCUUCCUCACUGCGGUACUGCAGUCUGCCGCUCGCCAAAACAACAUCUCAGUGGACAGCCUCUCUUGGGAAUUUAUAGUUUCCACUGUGGACGACAGCAACCUGGUGUAUCCACCCAAGGAUGGAGUUUGGGUUCGGGGCCUGUACCUGGAGGGUGCUGGCUGGGACCGAAAGAAUUCUUGUUUAGUGGAGGCGGAGCCCAUGCAGCUGGUCUGCCUCAUGCCCACGAUCCACUUCCGUCCAGCAGAGAGCCGAAAGAAAAGUGCCAAGGGCAUGUACUCCUGUCCCUGCUAUUAUUAUCCCAACCGGGCAGGCAGCACAGAUCGAGCCUCCUUUGUCAUAGGCAUCGAUCUCCGAUCUGGAUCCAUGACAUCUGAUCACUGGAUUAAGAGGGGCACUGCUCUACUGAUGAGCCUGGACAGCUGAUGAGCUCUUCUCUCCUCCUUGAGAGGGUCGGAAGCCCUAGGACCUUGAACUAAAGCUGGAUCUCAGGCUUUGACUUUAGCUGAAUCUAGCAUAUAGUGACACUCUGACAGUACCUAGUGGCGCUAGCGGAAAAGGUGGAAGACUUGUAUUGGCGCUCAGUGCAGUAAAAACCGUGCAAAACC